AGGGACUCCCGCGUCAGACCUCAAGGGAUACGCGCCAUCUGUGCUCUCCUCAACUACUAGUUUACGACGGCACAUGCGGAAUAGUGGGCGCGUGACGGAUAUCCGAACACCGGCCAGGCUUCCUGUGCACGCAUCGAGCACCAGUCCCACGUGCCGGGCUACUCUACUACUGGGGUCCCCCCGUGUCCGAUACAGCACAAGAUCGCGUGGCGCUGGAGUGCCUAAGGUAGUCCCGCCCCAUUGUCCGUCUGCUAUCCGUUGGCAUCGCAGGCGCUACGGAACCUAGGACGCGGCGGGGACGGCCCAUACAAACCGUGAAUUGAGUGUUGACGGCCCCCGUGUCGUCUGGUGUUUGCACUUGCGACUUGCGAGCUUCACCGAGCAGAGUGACGGCGACGUUUACGCGUGUCCGGACACGAGCGUGUGAUGAGCGGUUGCUCUCAGGGCACGUGAGAUCGAUCAGUCCCUCACAUUGGGCUCGCUCGUCACGUUUUGAACCAGGCAGGAGCGAACGAGUCGUGUCGUCGUGUCGUGUCGUGUCAGGGCGGGUUGCCGAUUGCCGCCCUGCCUGCUCCUACUUCGCUCUAGCCUUAGUCAUCCGCUAUGGCGGCGCGUUCGACUACUACCCCCAACUCUGUUCAUCAAAGCCACUCCGUGGUGAACGACCGUCAGCAAGACGCUGAACAUUUCACGAGGGACCACGACGGAAAUGACACCGCGGCGCGCCUAGAGUCGCGCCCCGCGGACCGUGGUAGCAGGAGAUCAAACGGCACCUGGGCCCCCAUCAGCCCGCCGCCUCUCAGGAGACUCUUUGCAGCAUCUCCCGGCCGCCACGGCUCCUAUCGCCUUAACCGCUCUCCGUGGGGGUCUCGGACAGCGUCGCCUGCUUCCCUCAGCAGUGGCGAUAGCGACCCUGUCCCCGCCCCGCGUCCUGCAGCCGCCAUGGCCCGUCCAGCGACGCCUCAAACAUCUGGGACCCAGCGCCAGUCUACUCACCGUUCGUCCAGCAUGCGCACCCCGAACAGGGUCGAGGACAUCAACUCGGGGUGGACCGUUGACGACAUUGCUGACCGGCUGGACCUGUUUCGCCAGGACAUCAGAGACGGGCACGCGCGGCUGACGGCGUACAUCCUGGAAUCCACCCAAGCAACGGAGAGGCGCGUCCGCCACGGCACAGACCUCUUUGCUGGUGUCGCGGCCGAGCCGUUGAAGCAGAAGACUGACGAUUCCAUGAGAAUUAAGCUCAAGCAACACCUCAAGACCAAGAGGGAUCAGAAGGAGGUUCACUAUGUGCCCGUCUGCACAAAAACAAACAAGGAACGCGUUCCCUUAUAUCGCUUCCAUCACGUUGGGAUCAAGAAGAACGUCCUCACCCCCAACACAAUGCUUACCUUUGUGCCUCAUCUGCGCGACUUGGAGACCUCGGAAGAGAACAAGUACAACCUCUGGCUUAAGGAACUGGAGGAGAUUGAUCUUAAGUCGGGUUUCAAGCCCAUGAACAGAGAGGGAAAGCAGGCACAUGCAAACCACAUGGAGCGCGCUGCAACCGUGUCGCUUUAUCUCGAGACGUGGCUGGAUCGCUUGGCCAUCCCCGGCUGCAACAAAUCAGCCCUCAUCAGCUACAUGGCGACCACGGAACCAGACCACGCCAUAACGCCGCAGCAGAAGACGGACAUCUUGAGAUCGCAUCGUGAAGCAGACAACACCAAGCCGGAGACGAACAGGGGUGCGCAAUUAUUCACCGACGCCUUUCGGCGUACCUUCCACGAGCGUCUGCCAGACUCGAAAUGCGUCGACCUCCGCAUGGUGUUGCAGCUCGACGAGUCUGUUGACAGCAUCAUGGAUUCGAAGCCGACGGCCAAGGACGGCGCGGGCACCCAGGCCGACGAUGAGACAGCGGAAAUGGACGAGGAUGAGCUUGCGGAAUUCAACCUGGCGACAUAUUGCAUUCUCGGCUGCCUCAUCUGCUUCAGCCAUGCUUGCGAUCAUGGCGAGUACGAUAACAAGAACCUGAAGCGCAACUUCUCGAUCUCGUCGUGUUCACGUCUCUCGGACGCACUGAAGAGGCGGCGACAGCGCUCAACUAACUCUGAUCCAGGGUCUGGAUGGACAAGCUGCUCUAGGUACUGCUACGCGCUGCCGCCGUCGGCCUGCGGCUGCGGGUCCCGGGGCGAGUGGAGUCAAAGUGAGAGGACCCUCCUUCGGUCUAUCUAUGUGACUGCCUUCCACAGCAAGUUCGAUGGGGAUCCGAUUUGCUUGGCCGCGUCCUUCCUUGACCGGUGCUGCGGAUGCGUUCACAGCGAGUUCAAGGUGAUGGGCAUCUCCCUCCCGCAACCUGAUCCCCCAGAACCUACCCGAGCCAAGAGCCUCUCGUGGUACGACAGACACAGAAAGAUGCUUUUGGGCGACUGGCAGGAUCAUACUUUCACGCACGAGCACCAGCGCCGGGAGACUCUUGAGCCUUGCUCCCAUGAUGGCCCCUGUCGACCGGGAAACUGUACUUGCGUCGAUGCCGACUUGCUAUGCGACAAGUUCUGCGGCUGUUCGGUCGAGACAUGUGAAUACAAGUUUACCGGCUGCGCCUGUCACUCGCUGGGCAAAACCUGUCAACAGAGACAGAAAGAGAGGCCGUGUAUCUGCGUCCAGCUCAACCGCGAAUGCGACCCGGAUCUGUGCGGCUCAUGCGGCGCGAUGAAGCGCGCGGACCCGGCCAACGCGCAGGAUGAGCAGCUCCACGCGACGGGUUGCCAGAAUUGCGACUUGCAGCGAGGCGCGGGCAAGGCGCUGGUCCUGGGCCAGAGCCAGCUCGAGGGUGUCGGCUACGGGUUGUUCACGGCUGAGGAUAUUGCCCAGGACGAAUUCAUCAUCGAGUACGUGGGGGAGCUGAUUACGCACGACGAAGGGGUGCGGCGGGAGGCACGACGCGGAGACGUGUUCGACGAAGAGUCUAAUGUCUCAUAUGUCUUCACGCUCCUCGAGAACGAAGGCAUCUGGGUCGACGCGGCCAUCUAUGGCAACCUCAGCCGGUACAUCAACCACGCGUCGGAGCAGGAUAAACGCGGAUGCAACAUCACGCCCCGUAUUCUAUACGUCAAUGGCGAAUACAGGAUCAAGUUUACGGCCAUGAGGGAUAUCCAGGCCGGAGAGGAGCUCUUCUUUAACUACGGAGAGAACUUUCCCAACUUGACCAAGAAGUUGUUGGACAACAAGGCCGGCGAAGAAGUGACCACGGCCAAGGUGAAGGGGACGCGGGGACGUCGCGCUCAGGCCGGGGACCAGGUAGCGCGAAAAGCGCCCAAGCCAGAGAGGAAGCGGAAGCCCGGUAGACCGAGAAUGAGGAAUGAUGAGAUUGACGACGACACUGACGGCCCGGGUGCCCGCGGGUGGACUGGCAAGUCUCGAAAACGAAAGCGGCCGGCGCGUGCCGAGGUCGACGAGGCCGAAUACCGCCCAUACGACGCCGCCCAUUCUCGCACCGGCGACGUCGAUGAUGCAGCAGACAAUGAUGAUUCGGAGUCCAUGUCACGGCUGCGCAAGAGGGCUCGGGGACACUCUGGAGCCCAGCAGCCCGGUACACCGACUAAGGGGCCGGCUGAGCCACCAAAGAAACCCAAGGGCAAGCGGGGCGGAGCGCGGCCGGGCAGCGGCCGGCCUAGAAAGCACCCGCGUCCGGCCCCAAAACCGGCGCCUGCACCUGAAGCGAUGGUCGGGGAUGAGUCCAACGGAGGCGGUGUCGCGUCGGCGGCGCCAGCGGCACAAGCGACGAGGCCGGCCGUGGUCCCGCAACCUCGGUUCGAGGUGAUUGAGAUUAGCGACAGCGACGAUACUGGCAGAGAAGGUGGCCCACACGCGACGCCGGAUGGCAUGCAAGAAUUUGGGGGUGGGACGUCGCUGGACGAGGAAGAUGAGGAUCAAGAUGUGGUGGUCCGGAAGAGAAACGAUCGCGCGGCGAGGAACAGACGGCCGCCAGCCAAGUUUAGGGACGACGAAGUCUGGACGUGAACAGGUGGAGGCGGGUUGACGUGGACGGUAGGAAGCACGUAGGCCCAACCAAAGUAGACACGAUGGCGAGAGAUGUGAUGCAAGCAAGCACGCGCAUAGAAGCGCAUUAUUGAACGGCUGCAGCAAGCAGGUA